CAACUGAUCUCUUAGCAACAAGAAGCACCUUUAUAAAAGAUGGCACACAAAGAGUGAUUGCCAGAAAAGCCACCCGCUUCUUAAACAGCAGCGCAUCAUUAGCAAAACUCACCAUCUUCAAGAGUCCAAAAACUAGAAGUGACCAGCAGACCCAGGACUCUAAAUUGCUUCCAUCGAGAUCAAGGAACGCAAAAUGAUUUUGGAAAUACUGAACCCGAUGCAUUAUAACAUCACCAGCAUGGUGCCUGAAGUCAUGCCUGCUGCCACCCUGCCAAUCCUGCUGCUCACUAGCCUUCUUCUCUUGGUUUGGAACUAUGAGGACACAUCCUCAAUACCAGGUCCUGGCUAUUGCAUGGGAAUUGGGCCCCUCAUUUCCCACUGCAGAUUCCUGUGGAUGGGGAUUGGUGCUGCCUGCAACUACUACAACAAGAUGUAUGGAGAAUUCAUGAGAGUCUGGGUAUGUGGGGAAGAAACCCUCAUCAUUAGCAAGUCCUCAAGUAUGUUCCACAUAAUGAAGCACAGUCACUAUGUCUCCCGAUUCGGCAGCAAACUUGGGUUGCAGUGCAUUGGUAUGCAUGAGAACGGCAUCAUAUUUAACAACAAUACAGACCUCUGGAAAGUAACUCGACCUUUCUUUAUGAAAGCUUUGUCAGGCCCUGGCCUUGUUCAGAUGAUGGCAAUCUGUGUGGAAUCCUUAAAAAAACAUCUGGACAGGUUGGAGGAGGUGACUGAUCCAUCAGGCUUCGUGGACGUGUUGACCCUCAUGCGAUGCAUCAUGCUGGACACCUCUAACAUGCUCUUCUUGAGGAUCCCCUUGGACGAAAAAGCUAUUGUGGUUAAAAUCCAGGGUUAUUUUGAUGCGUGGCAAGCUCUCCUUUUCAAACCAGACAUCUUCUUUAAGAUUUCUUGGCUCUACAAAAAGUAUGAAAAGUCUGUCAAGGAGUUGAAAGAUGCUCUAGGCAUUCUGAUAGACGAAAAAAGACGCAGGAUUUCUACAGCGGAGAAGCUGGAUGAGUGUAUGGACUUUGCUACUGAAUUGAUUUUGGCUGAGAAGCGAGGUGACCUGACAAAAGAGAAUGUGAACCAGUGCAUACUGGAAAUGCUGAUUGCAGCGCCUGACACCAUGUCUAUCUCUGUGUUCUUCAUGCUGCUUCUCAUUGCACAGCAUCCUCAGGUUGAAGAGGCAUUAAUGAAGGAAAUCCAGACUGUUAUUGGUGAAAGAGACAUAAAGAUUGAAGAUGUACAAAAAUUAAAAGUGGUAGAAAACUUCAUUAAUGAGAGCAUUCGAUAUCAGCCUGUUGUGGACUUGGUUAUGCGCAAAGCCUUAGAAGAUGACGUCAUUGAUGGCUAUCCAGUGAAAAAGGGGACUAACAUUAUCCUGAAUCUUGGAAGAAUGCAUAGACUCGAGUUUUUCCCCAAGCCCAACGAAUUCACUCUUGAAAACUUUGCAAAAAAUGUUCCUUACAGGUAUUUUCAGCCAUUUGGUUUUGGGCCCCGUGCCUGUGCAGGAAAGUACAUUGCCAUGGUGAUGCUGAAAGCCAGCUUGGUUACAGUUCUGAGACGAUUCCACCCGCAGACAUCAAGUGGAGAGGGUAUUGACAACAUUAAGAAAAAAAACGACUUGGCUUUUCAUCCAGAUGAGUCUAGCAACUUUCUGCGAAUGACUUUUGCCCCAAGAAACUUAGAUAAAUGCCUGGAACACUAAAGAAAGCUGGUCGAUACCUACUUGGGAGCACAUCUAAUCAGUAGUUUACAUAAAAAUCAUCCAUCCUUGUCAGGUGGCGUCAUCUUUACAGUGAUUAUUCGGUGGCUUGUGGUGUUGUACAGGCAUUCCUUCUAUGGUUUAUCAGCAAGAUAGGAGCUAUGGAUUAUCUGUUCUUGUUCAAACCAGAGAACCAGGCUGCAAGAGAAAAGACAGAAGCCAACAAUUUGCAAGAGAAAUGGUCAGUGAAGAAACUGCAGCCCUAAAGACCAGUUCUACAGAAUGUCUUUGGGAAGGAUAGGUCAUCAACAAAACUUAGCUCUGGUUCCC